AUGCAGAUCUUCGUGAAGACGCUGACGGGCAAAACCAUCACCCUGGAUGUGGAAGCCUCUGACACGAUCGAUAACGUGAAGGCGAAGAUCCAGGACAAGGAGGGCAUCCCUCCGGACCAGCAGCGCUUGAUCUUCGCGGGGAAGCAGCUGGAGGACGGGCGCACGCUGUCUGAUUAUAACAUCCAGAAAGAGUCCACGCUGCACCUCGUGCUGCGCCUGCGCGGAGGCAUGCAGAUCUUCGUGAAGACGCUGACGGGCAAGACGAUCACCCUGGAUGUGGAAGCCUCUGACACAAUUGACAACGUGAAGGCGAAGAUCCAGGACAAGGAGGGCAUCCCUCCAGACCAGCAGCGCUUGAUCUUCGCGGGGAAGCAGCUGGAGGACGGGCGGACGCUGUCUGAUUAUAACAUCCAGAAAGAGUCGACGCUGCACCUCGUGCUGCGCCUGCGCGGAGGCAUGCAGAUCUUCGUGAAGACGCUGACGGGCAAGACCAUCACCCUGGAUGUGGAAGCCUCUGACACGAUUGACAACGUGAAGGCGAAGAUCCAGGACAAGGAGGGCAUCCCUCCGGACCAGCAGCGUUUGAUCUUCGCGGGGAAGCAGCUGGAGGACGGGCGCACGCUGUCUGAUUAUAACAUCCAGAAAGAGUCCACGCUGCACCUCGUGCUGCGCCUGCGUGGAGGCAUGCAGAUAUUCGUGAAGACGCUGACUGGCAAGACCAUCACCCUGGAUGUGGAAGCCUCUGACACAAUUGACAACGUGAAGGCGAAGAUCCAGGACAAGGAGGGCAUCCCUCCGGACCAGCAGCGCUUGAUCUUCGCGGGGAAGCAGCUGGAGGACGGGCGCACGCUGUCUGAUUAUAACAUCCAGAAAGAGUCCACGCUGCACCUCGUGCUGCGCCUGCGCGGAGGCAUGCAGAUCUUCGUGAAGACGCUGACGGGCAAGACGAUCACCCUGGAUGUGGAAGCUUCUGACACAAUUGACAACGUGAAGGCGAAGAUCCAGGACAAGGAGGGCAUCCCUCCGGACCAGCAGCGCUUGAUCUUCGCGGGGAAGCAGCUGGAGGACGGGCGCACGCUGUCUGAUUAUAACAUCCAGAAAGAGUCCACGCUGCACCUCGUGCUGCGCCUGCGCGGAGGCAUGCAGAUCUUCGUGAAGACGCUGACGGGCAAGACCAUCACCUUGGAUGUGGAAGCCUCUGACACAAUUGACAACGUGAAGGCGAAGAUCCAGGACAAGGAGGGCAUCCCUCCGGACCAGCAGCGCUUGAUCUUCGCGGGGAAGCAGCUGGAGGACGGGCGCACGCUGUCUGAUUAUAACAUCCAGAAAGAGUCCACGCUGCACCUCGUGCUGCGCCUGCGCGGGGGCAGGUAG